GUGCUUUAGCAGUCUCGGUUUGUCUUCAGGCUCAUGGUAUGAAUUCUGCUCUUCAAUGUUCUCUUUGUCAAAAUGAUUUGGAAUCCAUCAGCCAUGUUCUUUUUAAUUGUUGGCCAGCGCGAGAAGUUUGGGAGAUUGCCAACAUUCCCUUACCUUCUCACGGGUUUACAGAUUCAACUAAUGACAAUCUAGCAUUUUUGUUGAAAGUUAUGAGCAAUGAUAGUGUUUCACUCUCUAUACGUAUGGCGAUUCCGUGGAUCUUGUGGGGAAUCUGGAAGCACCGCAAUGAAGUUUUAUAUGCUGGGAAACAAGGUGAUUUGAAUGCAUUGGUAGUUCAUGCAAUAGAAGAAGCGGAACUGUGGAAUAAGUUAAAGGAGACACAACCGCAGCCUCCUCUUGGUACUGGUCUGAAUUCUCGCCGUGAGACCAGAUGGGUUAAACCUCCCAUUAACUUUCUUAAGUGUAAUCUUCAUGUCUCUUGGUUAAAUGAGUCUCAUAUGUGUGGUGGAGCUUGGAUGGUAAGGAAUUACCAAGGAGAUGCAGUUUUCCAUGCGCGAGAAAUGUUUCUACCCGCUUCAAAUCGUAUCGCUGCGGAAUUAAGAGGGAUCCUUUGGGUUCUACAUAGUCUUUCUGACUUGCAUUUGGAUAACAUUGAAAUAUGGUCUGAUUGUCAUGCUGCAAUUGACGCCAUUAUUGACCCAUCAAAUUGGCCAAGAGAAGAAGAGGAGAUGACAUAG